AAUAUUAAUAUAUUUCGGUUAAUUUGAAAUAUGUAUAAAUUUAGUUUUGGAAUAUUUAAUUUAGUUAGUUGAGUUUAGUGAAAGUUUAAAAACGAUGGAUUUAGUGAUUUCAAAACAAUUUAAUUAGUACAAUUUUAUAAAUUAAGUGAAUUUGGACCAAACCCAAUAUAUUGACGGUAUAAAUAACAUCUUCAGGGAACAAUUGGUGAUUCGUCGAUAAUCUUUUUUCCCCGAUUUUAUCCUAAAUUACCAAACAACACCGGCAGAAAUCCAUUUAACGAUUCAUUGUGACUGAAGAAAAUUUGUGAAAGGAAAAUUAUGAUUGUUGAAAAAUAUGACAAUAUACCUCGAUUUAUUAAAAGAAAAGAAUGCGCGUUGUAGUGACCUCGUAAACCAACAGCAACAAAUUUGAGCACAUACAAAAUGGGUGUAUCGAUGAUAAUAAAAGUGGAUACCGAUCAAGAUCGUCAGUAAAAGAGGCGAGGGAGAGCAAACCACCCAACACUAACAUCACAUCGAAUCGUCUACGUCUACGUUGACGAACAUUAUUACAUCGUAUAAUCUGUUGUCGUGAUCGUGAUACAACCUCACACUUUCUACAAUUGUGAUGCUGUUUCAUCGUCGAACCACUAAUAUUUUACGGGGUCGUAACUCUGCACACCGAAUGUCUAGAGGUGGUGUCACAAGCUGUGGAGACAUCUUAUGGUUUUUGGUUGUUGCAUUCAUGUAUAGUGAAUCAGGAACACUUCACGUAAGUGGUGGUGUAUAUGGAGGUAGCAGUGGUGGUGGGGGAUACAACGCAUUGCCUGAAAGCGGUACACAAUCACCCACCAAUAACAAUGGUAUACUUGGUGGUCCAGAUACAUCAUCUGGUGGCAUGUCACCUAGUCGAUACGACCCAUACUUCGAUGCUUUAACACCACGAAACGUGACUGCUUUAGUUGGUAAAUCGGCAUAUCUCAGUUGUCGAGUUCGUAAUUUGGGCAAUAAAACGGUUUCGUGGAUACGGCAUCGCGAUAUACACAUUUUAACGGUUGGCGGUUACACGUACACAUCGGAUCAACGUUUUCAAGCAAACCAUCAUCGUGAAACCGAUGAAUGGACUCUACAAAUAAAAUGGGCUCAAAAACGUGAUGCAGGUGUUUAUGAAUGUCAGAUCAGUACACAACCCGUACGAAGUUAUUUUGUCAAUUUAAAUGUUGUUGACGAAUUAUCAACACAAGCAGAAGCACCAGAAGCAAAUAUCACGGACACGCUCAAAUCAAAACCACCAAGACCAAAACGACCUUUAUUCUGGGAUGAUAAAUAUUACGAAAAUCCUUUUUACAUUUACCAGAGAAUUCACAGAGUGCCAACAGCAAUUAUUCUAGGCGGACCUGACUUACAUGUGGACAAGGGUAGCACAAUCAACUUGACCUGCACGAUCCGUUUUAGUCCAGAGCCACCUGCUUACAUAUUCUGGUAUCAUCAGGAUGAGGUAAUUAGUUACGAUUCAACCCGUGGUGGCGUUAGCGUGAUUACUGAAAAAGGAGAAAUUACAACAAGUUUUUUACUGAUUCAACAUGCUGAUUUGUCAGAUUCUGGCAAAUAUUCUUGUAGUCCAUCGAAUGCUGAAGUUGCCACUGUUCGAGUACAUGUACUUAACGGUGAACGGCCAGCUGCAAUGCAAACCGGUUCUGCCGGAUUGUCAAACAGUUCCCUAAAUAUUUUAGCACUAAUCAUAAUAUUAUAUUUCUACACGAAUGUAUACAAACACUUACAAUUGAGUUCCAUCGAACACUUCAGAUAAUCAAUCAACUUUCAA